AUGUCAUUGAGCCCCACUCCAGAUCCUGAAACGAAUCCCCAACAAGACACAGAAGAGACACAAGAAAAUAAUAUUCCUUCAUCUUUCACAUCAAAGUUUACUGGAAUAUAUUUAUCACCAAGUAAAGGAAAUAGUCCUGUACAACAGUUAAUUCUCUGUUCUGAUUUAGAGAUGAAGGGAAAAUAUAGAAAAUCGAAAGAGAGUAAAAAAAAUGACAAUGAUAAUGACAACGAUUCCUUCACUUCAGUUGGAACAACAAUUGAAAAAACCGAGAAGAAUCAACAAGUUACAGAAUGUACGACUCCUGGUGAUUUUCUAAAGUCAGAAGACAUUAAAUCUUGUCUGUCAAAUAUAAAUAGUAAGCGUACUGAGAAUCAAGACUCUACUCAAAUUGAAGAAAAAAGUGAAAAUAAUUCGAAACGACUAGACACUACUAAAUUAAACCAAGAGAAUAAUGUGGAAGACCAAACAAUAAGGACCUUAGCUCCUGAUAAUCAACAACAAGUAGAAACUGAGUCAGAUUUAAAGUCAAAUGAUAAAGAAAUUGAAACUGAUAUUUUAGAGGAACAAGAAGAAUUCGAGGAUGAAAUUGAAACCUUUUCAACUUUAAAUGAAAACAUUAAUCCAUGUGAGAUGAUUACUGAAAGAACCGGAAGUUUAAACUGGGAAAAUAACAAUUCUAUCACAAAGAAAGAUCCCUCAAAGAAAAAGAUUAAUGAUUUAAGAAAACAAGUACUUGAGUUUAAACAAGAUCUGAAGGAAGCAAACAAAACAAUAGAGACUCUAAAAUGUGAAAAUAUGUGUUUAAACGAGAAACUUAAGGACAUGUCUUCUUUAUCACAAGAAAGGGAUAAAUCAUUCAAACAAUUAAAAGGUUCAAUUUUUAAAAUAAAAGAACAAAUUUCAUUUAGCUUUAAUAAUAAUAGACAAGAAAUAAUGAAAUGUAAACAGAUUAUCCCAGAAAUUAACCAAAAGGUUAAAGAUCUUGAAAAAGCAUUAUAUGUAAAACAAGAUAUAAUGAAACUGUCAUCCCAGAAGUAUUUUAAACAAUGCGAGGAAACAAUUAAAAAAAGAGUACAGAUUCUUGUUGAUAAUGAAGGCAAAAAGAAUCUUGAAUACGAGCGUCAAUUAAAUUAUUACACCAAAACUCAGAAACAAGUCGAAUGGGUUAUUCUCAACUUGAAACUUUUUGAAGUGGAUCUUUCUGAUAUAAUUAACGACAUGCUGAAAGUUAUUUCAGAUAAUAACGUUGAUGAAGAUAAAGAAGACAUUGACAUAUCUAAACUCUUUGAGAAGAAAUUCAAAGAACAGCAUAAUAACAUAAUUGGUUUCCGUACGAAAGAUGAUAACUAUAUUCUGGGAGAAAUGAGUUUAUUUCUGGAUCAGAUGAAGGUAACAAUCAAUGAAAAAUUGAUAAAAGAGGUAGAAAACUGUAUGUUGAAACUCAACUCUACUAAAGAUCAAACAUACCUAGCAUUUGAGAAUAAAAUAACCGAUUUUCAAAAAAUGGAAAGGACCCUGAAAGCUCAGAUCGAGGAAGCUAUCGAAAGGAUCAAUGACUUACAAAGGAUCAAUGACAAAAUAAAUAAGGAGAAAAAUGUCAUAUCUAUCAAGUUAGAAACACAAGUCAAUAUAGCUGAAUCAAAUGCACAACGUCUCAUUGAACUGAUAGGUGAUGAAACCAAGAAAAUCACAUAUGAUCAGAUGUCAUUAAAUAAUUCUGAUACUUCUAGAGACACAUAUGAUUUCCUAGAAGUCGAUGAUGUUGAUAAACUAACAAUAGUUGAAUCACAAAAUGUGAUUAAGAAUUUAAUUAUUCUUCUUAAUAUACCAUUCAGUAAACUUGCCAAAAAAAUACCUCUAAUUGGAAUAUAUUUGAUUUAUGAACGGAACCUGUAUGCAUAUUUUGCUAACCGUCUAUAUUAUCAACUACAUGGUAAACAAAUUAUGCUAGCCGAUUACAACCGUGAAGCAUUCAAUCAGUAUGUAGCUACCAACUCACUUAAUAAUAUCAGACAUCCAUUAGAAGAGUGUCUCGAAACUUUAUGUAAUUGCAUUAUCACUAAGCUAUAA